AUGGGUGGAAGAAUACAAGUUGUAGAUGAAUUCCCUGCUGAUCUCAAAUAUAUUGUUGUUGAGCCAUAUCGUUACGACGCAAAACGGCAUCAAGAAAGGAUGGUACUGGCUAGGGAAAGUAAUGGAAAUGAGAGAAAUACUGUAAAAAUUCUAACUUGUGGCAUUUUAUUUAUUUUAACUUUUUUAUUUUUGUAA